AUCUUUACAUUGAUUUGGCCUAUCCAACAAAACUGACAACGAUUAUCCCACUGGCCCUCUCUUUUCGCUUACCAAUUCAGCCCCACCACAUUAUCACAAAACUUUGCAUCUUUCCCAGCCUAAAUCUCUGCAAUUCAUUCAAAGUGUUUUCAUCCUUUUAAUCUCCUGAAUCUCCAUCCAUGGCGAAACACAGCCGCUCACGCGGCGGCGGCAGCGGAUGCAACCCUUUCGGCUGCUGCUGCGGCUGUCUCUUCAACUGCAUCUGCAGCUGCAUCUUCCAGAUCCUCUUCACCCUCCUCGUCAUCGCCGGCGUUAUCGCCCUCAUCCUCUGGCUCAUCUUCCGCCCUAACGCCGUCAAAUUCUACGUCGACGACGCCUCCCUCUCGCAGUUCGAUUUAUCCGCCGCCAACAACACCCUCUUCUACAACCUCGCCCUCAACAUGUCCAUCCGCAACCCCAACAAGCGGAUCGGGAUCUACUAUGACGUCAUCGAGGCCCGCGCCUUCUACGCCGGCCAGCGAUUCGCCGUCGGCAAUCUCGACCCGUUCUUUCAGCCGACCAAGAACACCUCAGAUCUCCGCGCGGUGUUUAAGGGCCAGAACCUGGUCCCGCUCGCCGACGGCGAUAAAUCGGAGUAUACGUCACAGAAGAACAAUGGGGCUUACGGGAUUGACUUGAAGCUCUUUCUGCAAAUCAGACUGAAAUUCUGGCUCAUCAAAUCCAAGAAAAUCAAACCCACCAUUGAUUGCGCUCUCGACAAUGUUCCCCUGCACCCCUCCAAUGGCAAUUUUGAGAGAACACAAUGUCAUCUUGAUUGGUAGUAGAUUCUUGAUUCUUGAUUCUUUAUGCUCUAGAUUAAUCAAACUUCUACUUUCCUGCGUUUAGAUUCCUUAGUGUGCAUUUUUGCUUCUUGAAAAUUAUAAAAAAAAAAAUUAAAAAAAAAAUGUGUUUUUAUCA